GUUUGUUUUCACAUUUUUCAAAUUUAUGUAUGACUUCCCUUUAGAAUAGAAGAACAAACCCUCGGCACUAAAAUUCUUGUGUUUUCCUCAAACAAAAAUGAAGACUGCAGCUAGUGAAGACAAAAGGCGGCCAGCAUAUACGAAGUAAAUGGCUUCCUUCUUCCAACUGCAAGUGUAAGCGAUGGGUAGGGACAUAUGGAGAUAUCGUAGAGGUUUAGGGGCCUCCUUCAAAAUUCUUUCUUGCCAUGACAGGUUUACUCAGACCCGCGCAUUUGGUACGGCACAAGUGGAAGAAAGAGUUCAUGUUGAACAAGAAAGAGUUCAUGUUGAACAAGUUAAAUUUGAUAACUCAAAGUGGAGGGCAUUUAACUCAAGUUAUCUUGGUGUUCAGAGGUCCAUGAUCACAGCCUCAACAUGGGCUGUUUUAACAAUCCUUCGAGACAGCGGAUCUGAUGUCUAUCUUGUUGGUGGCUGUGUAAGAGAUCUCCUUUUAAAGAAGAUACCUAAAGACUUUGAUAUUGUCACAAAUGCAGAUCCUGUGCAGAUUAUCAAAAGGUUUCGGAGAUGCCACCUAGUCGGGAAACGUUUUCCUGUCUGUCUUGUGCAGACUAGAGGUUCUAUUGUUGAGGUGGCAAGUUUUGGAACAUUGGAAAAAUUUGGAAAGCGUGAGCUUCGCUCUUUUCCACAAAGACCUCCGUAUUGUAGUCAUGCUGACUAUGUACGGUGGAAAGAUUGCAUGCGUAGGGACUUCACCAUUAAUGGAUUGAUGUAUGAUCCAUUUGCAAAUCGGAUUUAUGAUUACACUGGUGGCAUGGAAGAUAUAAAGAUGGCUAAGGUACGAACUGUGAUGUCUGCACAUACCUCAUUUGAAGAGGAUUGUGCACGAAUCUUACGGGCUUUCAGAGUUGCAGGCCGUCUUGGUUUUGAAUUUACUAGUGAUACAGCUUGUGCUAUAGAGGAUCUUUCUCGCUCUAUUUUAAAGCUUCACAAGGCAAGAUUGAUGAUGGAAAUGCACUAUAUGCUUGCGUAUGGAUCUGCAGAAGCAACUCUUUGCUUGCUAAAGGAAUAUGGUGUUCUUGAAACUCUACUCCCUGUUCAGGCAGCGUAUCUUUCCUCUCAAGGUUUCAAAAGGCAUGAGAAAGGAUGUUAUAGCCAGUCAAACAUGCUUCUGACUUUGUUGUCAAAUUUGGAUAAAUUGCUUGCAUCUGAUCGACCGUGCGACAGCAGCUUAUGGUUGGGUUUAUUGGCAUUUCAUUCAACUUUAGUGAACAUGCCUCAAGAUGCUCUUGUUGUUACAACAUUUUCCUUUUACCUGUAUUACGGAGGGUAUCUCCAGAAGGCCAUGGAUUCAGCAAGAAAAAUCUUCCAAGUUGCCAAGAAAUUUUCUCCUGAAAUCGUUGAAGCUGAUGAAUCUAAGACUGAUGUAUUACUAGCAAAUGAGGUAUUAAAUCUUGCAUCGGCAGCAAGAUCAUCACUUGUUUCCAUGGUUGAUAACAAAGUUCCUUCUACAGCUACCUCUGAGAAUCCUCAGUUGCAUGGCUCCAAUGUUGACUUCAUAUCAAAGACAACGCAUGCUAAGGUUAAAAAGAUAUUCUGUGUUUUAGAAGACAAUGAUGAGGGUACCUGGAAGACAAGAACAUGCUUAGAUAUAAAUUAUAAGUUAUUGGGUUCUGGUGUUAUACAAGAGGUUCGAUAUGCUUUUGUAAAAACUGUAUUAGAUACAUUAUAUGCUGAUACUGUGGAUGCAUUCAACUUACCAAACUAACUCCACGUCUAUGUAAAGUCAUUCUUUAUUAGUUGGAUGUUGAAUCGAAGGAAAGUUGCAAGCCUUUGACAGCUAUUUUUUGCAUUCACCUUGUGCACGGUUACUCUUAUUGUCUAAAGAAUGCUAUGUUAUACAGAUCGUCUGUCAUGUGCUUUGCGUUA